UGUGCGUGUGUGUGUGCGUGUGUGUAUGUGCGUGUGCAGGGAGGCUCCUGCCGUGCCCGGGCACAUCUGGGCUCCGGGGAGCUGCAGGGAGGAGAUUCCAGAGCUGCGGGCUGCACAAAGCGCGGCGAGGCUGCUCCGGUGUGUGUGUCUGUGUGUCACACACUCACACACACACACAGCAGCCCGGCAGCGGCAAGCGCCUCCUCCCCGCCGCAUUAAAACGAGCCAAGUUUCCUCGCUGGGGGCAGCGGCACGUCGGGGCGGGCGGCGGCUCCGAGCUGCAGCCCCGGCGGGGCGGCCCGGCCGCGAGAUGCACCCCAACGCCACGGCCCCGGCCGUGCCCGGCAGCUCCCAGCACCUCCACCCCAACGCCUCCAACCGCUCCGACCUGCUCUCCAAAGGACCCGACGAGGAGGAUCUGGACGUCAACACCGAUAUCUACUCCAAAGUCAUGGUGACCGUCAUCUACCUGGCUCUCUUUUUGGUGGGCACCGUGGGGAACUCCAUCACGGCGUACACGCUGGUGCGCAAGAAGUCGCUGCAGAACCUGCAGAGCACGGUGCACUACCACCUGGCUAGCCUCGCCUUCUCCGACCUCCUCAUCUUCCUCCUCUGCAUGCCCAUCGAGCUCUACAACUUCAUCUGGGUCCAUCACCCCUGGGCUUUCGGGGGAGCUGUCUGCAAGGGCUACUACUUCCUCCGGGACGCCUGCACCUACGCUACGGCGCUCAACAUCGCCAGCCUCAGCGUGGAGCGCUACAUGGCCAUCUGCCACCCCUUCAAAGCCAAGAGCAUCAUGUCCCGCAGCCGCACCAAGAAGUUCAUCAGCUGCAUCUGGAUUGCCUCCUUCCUCCUCGCCAUCCCCAUGAUCUUCACCAUGGGGGAGAUUUAUGCUAAGGAUCAGGAUCCGGAUUCCAUCAUCUGCACCGCCAUCGUGAACACCACCACGCUGAAGACGGUCAUCCAGGUCAACACGUUCAUCUCCUUCGUGUUCCCCAUGGUCGUCAUUUCUGUGCUCAACACCAUCAUCGCCAACCAGCUCAUGAUCAUGUUCAAGCAGGCUGCCCAGGAAAACCAGGUCUGCACCAUCGGUGGGCAGCAGACGAUGCUCAGCAUGUCCAUGGAGCCCGGCCGCGUGCAAGCCCUGAAGCACGGCGUCAGGGUCCUGCGUGCGGUGGUGAUUGCCUUCGUGGUCUGUUGGCUCCCUUACCACAUCCGGCGCCUCAUGUUUUGCUACGUCCCCUCCAACCACUGGACAGAUUUCCUUUUCAACUUCUACCACUACUUCUACAUGCUGACAAAUGUGCUCUUCUACGUCAGUUCGGCAAUCAACCCCAUCCUAUACAACCUGGUGUCAGCAAAUUUCCGACAGAUCUUCCUUUCUACGCUCACGCUUGUGUGCCUGCCAUGGAGGAAGAAGAAAAGACGACUUGCCUUCACCAGGAAAUCCAACAGCAUCUCCAGCAACCACACUUUUUCCAGCCAGGUCACAAGGGAAACUACAUACUGAAGCCAAAGGAGGAAGAGAAAUGCAUUUCGUGGAGUCUAAACUUGAGAGAGGCCUCUGUGACUUUCAUGCAUGGUCUCCGAAUUCAUGUAACACAAAGCGUGUUUAGCAAAGUCAUUUUUGUUGGAGAAAUAGGCUUCAUUCUGCCAGUAACUUUGAGGUUAUUUUAAAGCAUUGGCCUUGCCUCCUGUGAGUGAUGUCUACACGAUUUGUAAGUUCAGUCUGGCGUAAAUCCAGGUACAGUGUUAACUGGGAUGCCAAUAUAUGUUAAAUUUAGGCUACUUCAUACUGUAUUUCAUCCUUCUCUCAAUGCAGAGACGCCAUGUUCACAUCCGAAGGUUUGAGAUCAUGCCUAUUGGUGGCACUGAGCAGAGUCUAAGGAGGAGAAAGCAGUUUCAAAAUGAAAGGGUUGUUUUUGGCAAAUGGACAUGCUCAUCUAUGGGAUACUCACUGAGCAAGGAGUGAAAACUCAGGGAGUCAGAUGGUUGUUUUAAAAUUACUUCUGAAUUCUUACGAAUAUGACCUGGGUGCUCAAGAGAGCCAUGAUGGCUCCUUGAACUUAAAUACCAACAGAUGAUGCCUUACUUAGAAUAGGGUGAGGAUAGCCUGGGGGAACUGGGAUCAUCUUUCACUUUAGGACAUGCGUAGUGCCUGGCACAGGGAGCCCCACUCUCUGGUAUUGGUAUUGCAACACCUGUAAGUAACAGAGUCUCUGGCAAAGUCAAGAAUGUAGAAACUGUGCCCAGCUGGAGUGUUGAAAAAGAACAGAAAUGGAAAAUCUUACUUACGCCACACAGCCGAAUUCUGUUUCUUUUGCCAGGGAAAGCAGUUAGCUGGCCUGCAUUAAAGAGGUGAGAAAACAGCAGGCUGCUGAGGGCUCCAGCCUGCUGAUACAAGAGCAACCAGCCCAGUUCUGUAGGACUUUCAGAUUUUUCCCAUUAUUUUCACGAGCUGACAUCUCAUAGGCUACUGGCUGUAGGCAGUGGGGCCUCUUUUUCUAGCUUUCAUUUAUUUUUGAUACCAAAACUGUUGGCAACUGAUCUGUACAUACAAAUCUUCAAAUAGAUAAUGCAAAUGAAGAACACAAGGUCUAAGCUGGGGAGUCUUAGCUCUAAAACAACUUUCUUUUAACAAGUCAGAGGAACAGGGCUGAGACAUAUUUACAGCAAAUCAGACAGUUUGGCUCAGUCAAGGUUAUGCUGAAUCCUGACUAUGAGCGUGUUCUGAACAAAAAUCAGGAUCAAAGUAAGAGGACAUAACAUGUAUGUUCUUUUCCCCCUAUUUUUCCCCUUGAUUAUUGCUUUGAAUUUGAAAUUUCUCAGAUGGCCGGGAUAAGUAGCAUGAUGAUUUUUCUUAUAUUGUUCCACCUCUAACAGCCAGCUAUGAGAUGUAACAAAUUGCCCAAGAGCCUUUGGCACCAGAAAUCAAGGGCCUCUGGGACAAGCUAAAGGGCUUUCCCUGCUGUCACAGCACCAGAUGGUGACCUGCAUGAACCUGGGAACCAACCCAUCAUCUUGUGCAACCUGUGCUGUGAUUUUGCUGUUAGUGACCUUAUGUCCCCCUUCACACCAAGGCAGAAAGUAAAUCAAAGCUGUCCCUGCUCACAUUCUCCUUGCCAGAGGCAUUCCUCAACAGCCAAUUAUGCUCACACAAAGGUGAGCCAAACACAUCCUAUCAGGGAAACCAUGCAUUUUGUUAAAGGUCUGGCCUUUACAAAGUGAUGCAGUCACAAACCAUUAGCAGGAAUUCAAACAUACUGUAAAAUAGAGGCGAGGCACGUCGGGGCAAGGGGCAGACUGGAGAGCGUUGGUGAUAAGGUUAGGUUUUAGUCUUAUCCACAGUUGCUGUGAGAAGGGUUAUUCUCUGUUGGUGACAGACAUUGCUGUUCAUGUCUGCUGCUCAGAAUGGCUGUGGGAAAGGAAAGGCGGAUGGUUCCUGUUCAAAAGCACAGAAACGAAGAGAUUCUGUGUAAAGAGAGUUCUAGGGGGAGCUCUGGUGAAAGGAGGCUCUUUGCAAAUCCCUGCACACUUGCAUGUGUCAUUAGCAGAGGGGGCUUGCUUCUUUAUGAUGACAAACUAGAAGUGACCCUUGGCUCCAUUCAGCUUUCCAGCUUUGCCUAUCCCCUGCCACUCUGCAACUACUGAGCACUCACAGAACAUAGGACUAGUCUCAAUGCUGGACAUGUGGUUCUGCUGCCAUGGGCAGCUGUGUGAGCCUGCAGAUCUCCACAGUGUCCUCAGCAAUGCAGAUCAGUUCCUGAUAUGUCCAGUACCAGCAGCAUCUCAUGAGUUAGGCCCUGCUGGGCUCAGGACAUAUAGAGAAAACACCUCUGGGGCUUUUGCUGUUCGUUGUGAGUGACAGCUCUCUGCUCCUGAGGCAUUUAUAACUGGCAGUUGUAUAGAGCUAGCUGCACAGUACAUCUGCCUGCCGCCAGCCAUGGCCUCCAACCACACCUAGCAGGGAUAGGAGACUAUUUCAAUGCCUACUACAGAACUACUCCAAAGGAAAGGGCUCAAAACAGAAAUCGGUUGGGCUGUAGUUCCUUCUGAUUCCGCCAAACUACAGGCUCUGUCCUGUCAUGCCUUCUCUUGAUUUCUCGCCCUGGUUGUAGAAAACUGAGGGCAGAGUUUACAACUGACAAAGCACUUUUGUUGCUCAUGUGCAGUUGAUUCCUCUUUGACAAGGAAAAAUGGUAAAGGGACACACACACAGAAAAAGGAAGAGGACAGAGGAGACUGGCUUCUCUUUGCAAGGAAAUUUGUGAGGAACCAGCAAAUGUUAUCACUGUGUGUGUGUUAGAAAUAACUUGGAGAUGGGAAGAAGAAGCAGAUUGGAAGAAGAAGCUAUAGAGGAUCAGUACAUCCUGCAUCAUGGGCUAUGUAAAACACAUAAGAAUAGCAGAACCAUGUAGAAACCUGUAUAUUCUUGGUUUAUUCACCAUUGCUACCUUCAUCUAACACCUGUCCAUUACAGCUCAGUCAAACUUUUAUGACGUUUGUAGGGGACUGUAGCUGAGAGCAGCAGUCCUAAGGAGAUGCAGAUUUGCACAGGCACAGCAGGGACGCAGCACUUGUGGCAGCCUGACAGCUUCCAGCUGACUGAAGAAGGUGAGCUGCAAACAAAAUAAAUAACUCAUGGACAACGUCCAUAGCAGACCUUAUGAAGCCAAUCAUCUCCACUGCUCUCACUCCUCCUGCACUAGCAAAGUCCAGGUAUGAUGAGCAGAGGCAGAGACUCUUAAUGCCACACACUUAGUGUUGGCGUUCCAGGCAAGACAACCUUUAAAUAGUUCCGGAGAGGACCCAACUUUUAACUGCACUUCUAAAUAGAGUCUACAGCUCUGAGGUGGUUUCUGAAACCUCCCAUGGAAGCUGUAACUGUGUGUUGCUUUGACUUUCAUUAGGAUUUAACAUCCUAUGUAUCUCAGUUGCUUUUCAAUAUUCACUUUUGAAAUGUUUAAUGUUAUUAACACCAACCUGCUGAAAUGUGCUUGGUUAUCUUAGGAAACACUGUACAAAAAUAGUCUCACAUAAGAUGUUUGGCUUUGAUUUUUAUCGCUGAGAUACACGGGCAGCUCACGGAACUUUUGAUCACGGCUCUGUGAAGGUGGUGGGUUUAUUUUUGAUUUGACAUGAAAAUGGUAACAAGCUAGAGCGAAAAUGAAUUAUCAUAAAGUUUUUCUGCAGCGUUUGUUGGACUGCUCAAGUCCUGAAGAGCUGCCUGCAAUGGGAGAUUUAUCCGAGCAGUUUGCCAGCUUCUAAAGCUCUGUUCCUGCAGAACAGAGUGGGAGCAGGCCAGAGUCUAUGGCCUUAACUUGGGAUUGCAGCUCAAAGCUACCUCUUCCAUUGGGCAAAUCUGAUUACCUGAGUUGAGAAGUGGAAGUUACAGCUGAUUUCAUCCUCUUUCCCCUCUUCGCCUAGUUUUGCCGUACUCAAAAUAGAGUUUUAGUUUCCCUGAGCUCAAAGAAGUGAGGAUAAGUCCCUAUAAGACCCUGUGGUUUUGUAAAGAAAAGCAUGGUAUUCUUGUGAAGAAAAAGGUACUAAAUGCCAAGUAUUUACCUAGGGCAUGGUUUUCUUUCAUGCCUCUCAACAAUGAUUGAACUGCUAACCCAGCAGGGUUUAGCUUUAAACCUAGUGGAGCAUAAUUGGCUUUUGCCAUUAAACAAAAUGCUUCCUCACGUCUUUUUAUUCCCGUCUUGUCUGAAUUCUCUGUUGGGGCAGAGGGGUGAGCAUUCAUGCAGCGUGCUGUUAAUCUAUGCAAAUUUCCUGUAAGUGUUUCAAACUGUUUGUUUCGACUAAAAAAAAAUCUGUUGAACCCACAGAUGUGAAGCGCUGCCAGAUGGAUUCAGAGUGAUCCCCAUCUGAGGAGAGUUCAUCAAGUGACCUCUUCAAAUAUACUGUUGAGGUUUCGUUUACCUUCACAGUCUUCAUGUCAGGGCCGUCUAUUUGGCAGUGUGUGAAAUGAGAUUUCCAAAGUCAUUAUGCUGUUCAGAAAUUUCCCCCAGACAGGACUUUCUCACCGCAGGCCCCACACGCAGCGGUGUCUGAACGCUCUGCUGAGCUUGUCUUUUUGUAAAGCGCAUGAAAUCUCGCUUCAGUGAUUGCGCCCGUAAAGAAGAAAACUAAAAUGGAAAAACUGGUGAGGAGGGUUAGCAGGACACGUGCUAGAAACACAACAAUCACAGGAUCUUUGCAUUUACAGCAUCAAACAUUCAGUGAAAUAAAAGUCUGCUAUUGCUGCGGACAGCUUGUGUUGUGGACUUGAGCUGAGCAUCUGUGCAGCUACCAUUUGUGCAUGCCCUCAGUGGGGGCUGAAGUGCUGGAGUUUUCCUGUGCAACGCGUUGAGUGUUAGUCUGAUAUCUUCCUGGUUGUGUUGUUCGGUAGCUGUUUAAACAAAGCUUUAUCUGCUGGAGCUCUGUCUGAUUCUUUAAAUUGCAGAUGAAUGACUUCUGCUUUCGGUUCGUACUCAAUGAGUAGGGAAACAGAAGUUGCCAAAAUUCAUGGUGCUGUGUCCUGGCUUUGUGAUCAAGAGUCCUUCCCCAGCUGUGCCACCUGGUAGUCCUGCACAUACUGUAUUUAUGGCAAACAUUUCUUAAAGUGCACCUUUUUUUUUUUUCUGAACUACAAAAUGUUGAUGUGCUUUAUUUUCUGUGGCCUGUUGUGCAAUGGGAAAAAAAAAUGAAUGUUCAAAGUGUGUCAGCGUCUCCUUUGUAAGAUUUUCUGUGACAAAGGGAAGGAAAAGGGUGUGAAAUCCUUUUGUACAGCAAUGGGAAACACUCUUUUGAUGCAACAUGCUAUUAUUGAUAACUGUGUUUACUGAUCAAACUGUAAUGAAGUGGUUACUUCCUGAUAUUAGCCUUUGUACUGUAUGGUAUUUUAUUUUAUUUUAUUUUGUCA